AUGGGCAUUAUGUAUAUAGCUCUUCUACUGGCUUGCAUCCACCCAAACCGCCUACCACGUCUAAUUACCUCUUCUUUGGCGUCUGAACUGUCACCCACCGAGGCCACCAGCUCGCUGAUUAAUCCGUACAACGAUUUUAAUGUUCUACUAAAUAUUGAUUCUCCUCCUAGGUCAGAUAUAAUAGACACAAAUGGAUUUUAUUUACCCAUAUCAACGCCACCUACCUCCCCAGCUUAUCUUGCUGUACAUGAAACGGAAAAGACGCAGGAUCUUUCCUCAACUUUGCCAUACUUUCUGUUUGAAACAGGGGAGGGUGAGGGCAACGGAAAUGGAGCCGGUCAAGAUGCUGAGAUACCUGAUGACAGUCUGAUUCCAGAGCUAUGCACGGCUAGUAAAUGGUCCUCUGCUUUCCGACCAGAUGAACGAUUACAUAUACAGCUAAAUGGCAAAAUGCCCGAUCUGCCUCCUUCUAUUGAUGCCAAUGGAAAAGAACAACCUAAAAAUUUGGAGGACCUCAAGCGUCAGAGCCAUGGGCGCUUGAUCAGUCCCAGUCGAGCAGAAGCCGAUUUAUUUACUGUUUCUAUUGUCUCAGUGAUCGUUGGACUGGGUAUUGUGGCUGUCAUCUGCAUAGCAGUUGGCUGCUUCAUGAGGUCAGCUCAUAUUUUGUAA